AGGGACAAUAUGUUAUAUUUUUUUAGAAAAGAAGAGAUGAUGCAGUAAUGCAUCACAGCAAAAAUAAUUGCCUUACAUCCUAUAAAGUUCAACCCACAGAGCCAGCUCUAUGCACGUUGAGCAUUUGAGCGAACUAAUUUUUGCCAGCAGAUAUGUCAGAAAUGGUUAAGGAGCUUCAUGUUGUGAUGCUUCCAUGGUCUGCCUUUGGCCAUUUGAUGCCCUUCUUUCAACUCUCUAUAGCCUUGGCCAAGGCCAAAGUUCAUGUAUCCUUUAUAUCGACACCCAGAAACAUCGAAAGGCUCCCCAAAAUCGCACCCGACUUGCAACCUUUCAUAAACCUAGUCCCCAUUCCAUUUCCUCCUCUGGAACCUGACUUCUUGCCGGAAGGAGCCGAGGCCAGUGUCGAUGUACCCGUACAACAGUAUGCAAACUUACAGGUCGCAGUUGAUCUUCUGCAAACACCAAUCAAGCAGUUCAUUGCAGAUAAAAUGCCGGAUUGGAUUAUAGCCGAUUUCUUUACUCACUGGGUCGUCGACAUUGCUAAAGAGUAUGAUGUUCCACUAGCCUACUUCUCAGUUUUCAGUGCUGCAACCUGUGUUUUCUUUGGCCCCCCUGAACAUCUCACUGCUGCAACCAGAAACGGUGUUCUCCCAACGAUACAAAGCUUGACAUCUCCACCAGAAUGGAUCACUUUUCCUUCUUUGCUGUCAUUGAAGGACUAUGAAGCUGUUAAACGGCUUCUCGCUUGGGAAGUAAAUAAAACUGGGAUGUGUUUUGCUUGGAGGCUUGCCAAGAUCGUAUCAGCAAGUCAAGUUUUGGCGAUUCGUACUUGCAGUGAGAUUGAAGGAGACUACUUGGAAGUGUACAAGAAAAUUACUGGAAAGCCAGUGAUUCCCACUGGUGUACUUCCUCCUGAUCAACCUGGGAAAAGGGCAGAAGGGGAAGUAAACUCCGAUGCGUCUAUGUUUGAUUGGCUUGAUAAGCAAAAACCCAGGUCAGUUGUGUUUGUGGGGUUCGGGAGUGAGUGUAGGUUAAGCAAAGAACAAGUUCAUGAGAUGGCUCAUGGGCUGGAGCUAUCGGAACAGCCAUUUAUUUGGGGACUCAGAAAACCUAAUUCAACUGAGAGUGAUGAAGUGGAUGAUUUUUUGCCUUUAGGUUUUACUGACAGAACAUCAGAGAAAGGGCUUGUUUGCUUCGGAUGGGUGCCCCAAAUGGAAAUUUUGGGGCACCCAUCAAUUGGGGGCUCUUUGUUUCAUUCUGGAUGGGGUUCGGUGAUUGAGACUCUGCAAUUUGGGCAUGGCCUUGUUGUGUUACCCUUCAUGUAUGAUCAGCCUUUGAAUGCAAGGCUUCUGGUAGAGAAGGGUCUGGCUGCCGAAGUGAAGCGAAACGAAGACGGGUCGUUUAGUAGAGGGGAAAUAGCAAAAUCACUGAGGCUAGCAAUGGUGGAAGAAGAAGGAGAGCAGCUACGAAGCAAUGCAAGGAAAGCUGCUGCAGUUAUUGGAGAUCACAAGCUGCAACAUGAUCACUACAUUAGUGCAUUCGUUAACUAUCUUAAAAAUAAUGUUGCAAAAUAAGAGGUGAUCGAUCAACCUAAACUGAUGGGUGUGAUCAUCAUGCAUGAAGUUACGUAGUAGCUCUAAUUUUAUGCUAGAUUUCGAACGUCCUUCCAUUAUUCUAGCUUUUUGUCUCUCUCUCUGUUUUUUUUUUUUCUUUUUCUUUGUUGGUGAAUUGUCAAGUACUAUGUUUAUGAGCUUGUGAAGGAAAUGGAAGGAGUGAAGCUUUGGUUCCGGUAGAGUAUUGUUUAUGAUUUUGGUUAGUUAAUUCUUCUUGGAAGAGAAUUUGAUUCCUUGUUCUCAAUCGCUGUAUUGUACUCGUAGAAAUGUCAUUCUCACUAUC